GGACCGGGACGCAGCGGAGCCCGCGGGCCCCGCGUUCAUGCACCGCCUGCUGGCCUGGGACGCAGCAUGCCUCCCGCCGCCGCCCGCCGCCUUUAGAUCCAUGGAAGUGGCCAACUUCUACUACGAGCCCGACUGCCUGGCCUACGGGGCCAAGGCGGCCCGCGCCGCGCCGCGCGCCCCCGCCGCCGAGCCGGCCAUCGGCGAGCACGAGCGCGCCAUCGACUUCAGCCCCUACCUGGAGCCGCUCGCGCCCGCCGCGGACUUCGCCGCGCCCGCGCCCGCGCCCGCGCACCACGACUUCCUUUCCGACCUCUUCGCCGACGACUACGGCGCCAAGCCGGCCAAGAAGCCGGCCGACUACGGUUACGUGAGCCUCGGCCGCGCGGGCGCCAAGGCCGUGCCGCCCGCCUGCUUCCCGCCGCCGCCGCCCGCCGCGCUCAAGGCGGAGCCGGGCUUCGAACCCGCGGACUGCAAGCGCGCGGACGACGCGCCCGCCAUGGCGGCCGGUUUCCCGUUCGCCCUGCGCGCUUACCUGGGCUACCAGGCGACGCCGAGCGGCAGCAGCGGCAGCCUGUCCACGUCGUCGUCGUCCAGCCCGCCCGGCACGCCGAGCCCCGCCGACGCCAAGGCCGCGCCCGCCGCCUGCUUCGCGGGGCCGCCGGCCGCGCCCGCCAAGGCCAAGGCCAAGAAGGCGGUGGACAAGCUGAGCGACGAGUACAAGAUGCGGCGCGAGCGCAACAACAUCGCGGUGCGCAAGAGCCGCGACAAGGCCAAGAUGCGCAACCUGGAGACGCAGCACAAGGUGCUGGAGCUGACGGCCGAGAACGAGCGGCUGCAGAAGAAGGUGGAGCAGCUGUCGCGAGAGCUCAGCACCCUGCGGAACUUGUUCAAGCAGCUGCCCGAGCCGCUGCUGGCCUCGGCGGGUCACUGCUAGCGCGCCGGGGGUGCCGUGGGGGCGCCGCGGCCAC